CUCCGCUCAGCCCCUGGCCCCGUCGCCUCGCCGCCCGCCUGCUGACUUCUCCGCUCCGACUGCGUCCACCCGCCGGGCCGACCCAUCUCCCCGAGCCCUCCGGGUCGGGUCCUCCAGGCGCUCCGGGCGCUGCCGCCGUGUGCUCUCCGCUGCCCGCUCGCGCGCCCGCGCUCCCCGCCAGCGCCCCGCGCCCGCGCCUAGUCUUCGCGCGAUCAUGCUGCCCCUCUGCCUCGUGGCUGUCCUGCUGCUGGCGGCCAGGCCCGGGCUGAGCCUGGGCGACGAAGCCAUCCACUGCCCGACCUGCACCGAGGAGAAGCUGGCGCGCUGCCGCCCCCCCGUGGGCUGCACGGAGCUGGUGCGGGAGCCCGGCUGCGGCUGCUGUGCUACUUGCGCCCUGGGCUUGGGGAUGCCCUGCGGGGUGUACACCCCCCGCUGCGGCUCGGGCCUGCGCUGCUACCCUCCCCGGGGGGUGGAGAAGCCCCUGCACACGCUGAUGCUCGGGCAAGGUGUGUGCAUGGAGCUGGCGGAGGUCGAGGCCAUCCGGCAAAGCCAGCAGCCCUCUGACAAGGAUGAAGGUGACCACCCCAACAGCAGCUUCAACCCCUGCAGUGCCCAUGACCGAAGGUGCCUGCAGAAGCACAUGGCCAAAAUUCGAGACCGGAGCACCAAUGGGGGCAAGAUGAAGGUCAAUGGGGCACCCCGGGAGGAACCCCGGCCUCUGCCCCAGGGCGCCUGCCAGAGCGAGCUGCACCGGGCCCUGGAGCGGCUGGCCGCCUCCCCCAGCCGCACCCAUGAGGACCUCUACAUCAUCCCCAUCCCCAACUGCGACCGCAAUGGCAACUUCCACCCCAAGCAGUGUUACCCAUCUCUGGAUGGGCAGCGUGGCAAGUGCUGGUGUGUGGACCGGAAGACGGGGGUGAAGCUUUCGGAGGGCCCGGAGCCGAUGGGGGAGCUGGACUGCCAGCAGCUGGCUGACAGCUUUCAAGAGUGAGGCCCGCCAGCAGGCUGAGGGCUCAGCAUCCCCUGCUACUCCCGUGCCCUGGAGGCUGCAGAGCUGACCUGGAGUGGAGUCUGAGUCUGAGUCCUGUCCCUGCCCAGAAGUUUCCCUCUAGUGCACGUGUGCACGUGUGCGUGUGUUUGCAUGUGUGUGUGUGUGUGUGUGUGUGUGCUUAUGAGCCCUUGGGGUAAGCCACAGCCUGGGGUGUUCUCUUUGGUCUUACACAGCCCAAGAGGACUGAAAGUGGCACUUAGCCCAAGAGGUCUGAGCCCUGGUGUGUUUCCAGAUCGAUCCUGGAUUCACUCAUUCAUUCAUUCAUUCAUUCAUUCACUCAUUCUUUCAUUCAUCCAUCCAUCCAGCUACCUAAAAACAUUUACUGACCAUAUACUACAUACCAGCUCUAGCUUUCAGCCUUGGGAGCUUUUAUUCUGACUUUCUCUGAUUUUGGCAUGUGGAGAUACUUCUGUAAGGUGAGCUCAAGCCUGUGGGAGAAGAAAAACCUCAUUCCCAGAGUCAGAGGAGAAGAGACAUGUACGCUGACCAUCGUCCCUCCUCUCAAGCUAGUCAGAGCGUGGGAGCCUGGGGAAGUGUGAGGGAGCAGAUGGCUUAAUGGUCACGAGACCCAGACCCACUCCCAAAACUCAGACUUGCCAGGCUUCCCUUCUCUUCUUCCCCAGGUCCUUCCUUUAGGUCUGGUUGUGGUGCCAUCUGCUUGGUUGGCUGGCAGAGAGACCCUGCUGUGGGCGAGGGAAGGGGGUCAAAGGAAGACUUGAAGGACAGAGGGCUAGGGGGAUGGGGUGCAUUUCUUUGAGCAGCCAGGGUGGGAAGAAAGAAUGCAAGAGUGGAUUGAAUGUGCCUAAUGGAGAAGACCACGUGCUAGAUGAGGGGGCUUCCUGGGUCCUGUUCCCUACCCCAUAGUGGUCAUAGCCAUGAAGUCACCUGGAUGACAGUAUCCUUCCAUUGGCUCACUGCCUGUGGCUCUGCCUCCCUCUCCAUAUCUCCUUCCCCUGCAGCUCCCUCCCCACACCUCCCUACUCCCCUGGGCAUCUUCUGGCUCGACUGGAUGGAAGGAGUCCUAGGAACCUACCAGUUGGCCAUGAUGUCUUUUCUUCUUUUCCUUUCUUUCUUUUUUGUUUUUAUAACAAAACAGAAUAAAACCAACAAAUGUCCAGAGA